GUAGGCGCCAUUGUCUAUCGUCUCGAUCUAGACUCACUCCUACAACGUACAGCGAUCUGUUAUCAUCUAAGAUUGGCUUCGACCGCUGAUAAUUUUAGUUUGAGUUUCACCUUCACGACCCAUAGGACAAAGAGGAGAAGACGCACUACGUCUCUCCUCUUCAGUUCGUUGUCGCACAUGUUCUUGUAAGACCUUCCGAGAAGUGAAUUUUCGUCUCAUGUGUCACUAGCCAAGCUCAACAUCGGCACAACAAGAGACCACCUCCGGACCACGUGAGAACAACAAAGGAACAACAAUGGCCCACCUUCUGGAAUACGCGAAGCAGUCUAUGGCUGCGGUGAGAGAGGAAUUGGAAGAGGCAUUGAAGCAGGAAGAAGAAGAGGACCCCGGCGAGUUUGCCGACGGGGCACAGCGAACAAAUCAAGGCGGAGAUACCCACCACGACGAACAACCGCAGCUCGGUUUUUCCAAGCUCGCAGAGGCGAUCGGGGCCGGUGUGACCCAGAUCGUUGAGCAGGCAAACGACUACCAUGCCGCCGCUAGUCAAAGCAGAGCUGCUGCGGCCGCAAGCGGGGGAAAUGCUUUUAGCAUUGGAAGUGCUGGAUUGAAGCAGCCUGCGCCGCCACCGCUAAGUGCAACGGCAGGCGUUGCUGCGCCUCAUCAUCCUCAGCCGCCACCAAUGCCGCAGAGCAGAACAAACCCGCUUACUGGUGGCCCCAUAAUUCUCGCCGGUGGUUCAACUGCUGGCAGCUCCUCAUCUUCUACAGCGCCUGUGGCAGGGUACGCAGCUCCUGCUGCACCGGCCAGUAAAUCCGGAGGCCGAGGUCCGUUGUUUUCCACCUCCUCCGCCCCCUUGGACACCGGCGGAGACGAACAAGUGCUUGCGAAUCUGCGAAAUUUGCAAGGAGGGGGCGGCGACCAAGCUGCACGACCUCCCGCACUGGGCACUGCGACGUCAGCACCAAACACGACUUCGCAACGGGAGUUUUCCCCGAAAGCACGACCUGCAGUCCAACAGCAACAUCCCAAUAGUGCACAAAUCAUGACUCCGUCCCAGCUAACACCCACACUGGUGCCUGCAGGGGGAGCAGUAGAUCCUGGAGCUACAACUGCUAGUGCAGUUGCUUCCACCGCGGUGGGAGGUGUACAAGAACUUCCCGUCGGCCCCGGCGUGCCGCGAAGUGCAGCUGCACAAAAUGCGGGCCACCUGAGCCCAAGGUCUGCAGCUGCCGGAGUGGGCCUCGCAGGUAAAAAUCCGUUGCAGCAGCAGCAGCUCCCUGGUGCGAGCGCAACGCCAACUGCUUCGAGCGCAUUGUCCGGUGCUACUAGCCAACCGCCUAGGCCUCCCCUGACCCCACCCUUAACGACCGCGACAUCCUCUACAGGUUCGUCCGCGCCAGCAGCAAUGCCCCCAGCACCACCAACCGCAGCUGAGCAGCUCACAGCGGCCGCAGCGGGCCGGCCGCUUUUCGGAGGUCCCACAACUACACCCGCACCGCCGAGUGUGAACAACCCAAAUCCACUUCCAAGACCGAUUCCUCAGCACCAGCAAACCCCGCUGGCAGUUGCACCAACUCCACCAUCAACCUUGGUCUCGGCUGCGCAAGUUUCAGCCCAGCAUCCCCCACCAGGUACUGGUGGCCAUGGUACGGCGCAGCAGUCGCUCGGAGUUCUUGCAGAGCACAGCACGACGACCGCAGCGGGGGCCUUGGGCGCAGCUGCAGGCAGCAUCAAGAUCAACCCAACCAGCAACCAGUUCUUCGAGCAAUUGCAGCAAUUCGCGGGCAGUGCCCAGCAAGCGAUCUCGGAGUCGGUGACCCAGGUGCAGAAGCAACUGCAGGACCCAACCCAGCAACUCGAGCAGACCAUCGCGGCUAUCAAGCUGACGGACCACAAGGCGAUUUGUGGGCUGGAUUAUCCAGGAAAAAACACCCAUCCCCAUCCAUUUUUUGCAUGACAAAUAGCGGAUUUUAUGCAUGUUUUGCAUGACAAGUUGGAUGGGGAUGGGUGUUUUUUCCUGGAUAUGGAUUUGCAGGUUUACAUGCAAAUAUUGCUGUCCAUGCGAAUUUUGCCCGAGGACCACAGGACCGUGUUUAUGGAGAUGCUCACGCAGAACGAUUUGGGAACACCGUAUUUGGAAAAUUGAUUUUGAGGACUGAUUAGAAGAAAUUGAAUGAAAUUAUCUCCUUGCUGAUUUCGAGAUGCAGUUUUGUGCCGACAACGUGCCUGGGUUUUUCUAGUAACUAUAGUAGAGAGGAACUUUUUCGCACGGAGUUCGUUGAAGUUGAUUCAUUUCAGCAGAAAAUGAAUAUCCCAGUGACCUCCAGCGCGAGGGGUUGCAGUACCUGCUUCUGUACAUCACGAAACUGAACCGCAAGAUGAAGAUGAUGCAGGCCGACAUCCAGAAGGUCGGGCAGGACUACCUGCUGUUGCAGCAAAACUACAAGGAGGCGCAGGAAGAAGUCCGGAAUCACCAGGCGGACGAGGCUCUUCGACAGGAACUGGAAACGGCGAAAAUGAAGGUCGCGAAACUGGAGGAAGUGCUGCGGGAAAAGGAAGAAGUAUUUAUCUAUUUUGGAUGAUCGUCUUUUUGUAAGAGAUGAGCAUGAAGUAAGAGGAUGAGCGACUGGUGCGAGAGAUGCGUGAGAGUUCUUUCCUCACCACAACCGCAAGGAAUCGACUCCGGUUCCUUCAUCAAAAAGUCUAUUGAGAUGAAACUAUUCUGGCUAAAGAUAAAGAACCUAGAAAUCCAUGCAAAUUUCAACAAGAAUCCACUUUCGGAGAUCUGCCUUGCAAACCUCCAGCUAAUAUCACUAUUUCACUACUACAGCAACAAGGAACCUCCUUGAACCUGCUGCAGCAGACCUUCGAGGACCUGACGGCCGAGCACGACCAGACCCUCCGCCGCUUAGCCGCGGUGAGGGAGGAAAAUGAGGCGCUGAAGAACAAAACUACAGGUGGUACCAAUUCUACUUCCGGUGGAGGAGCGACAGCAUCUACUUCUUCCGCAGGCAAUGCAAACCACUCCUCUGGCGUAAAUUCGACUUUGCAGCGGACCAUCAAUCCCAAAUCUCCCAGUUCGUCCAACAGCAAGGAAUCCACAGCUACCCCACUGCACGACAACGAUUCCGAGGCCCAGCAGCAACAGAUCGACGCACUGCAGAAGCAGGUCAAGGGGUUACACCGAGAUUUGGAGCGACUCCUCCGGGAAAAGGAAGAACAUUUUUUCGAGAAAGAAAAUUUCGUCGAUAGAAGGUUAGUUCUGUCCAUGGCCUCGCAACUCCAGAGCGAGCCAAAACCGGCGCUGAAGGACAAGAUUUUAGCGCAGAUGAUCGAAGUGCUCUGUGUCGACGAAACGUGGAAGCAGUUGAUGCCCCAGAGACCGGUGUCGACGCGGAACUCCAGAGACGACCUUGGGCGGGGCGCUAACGGAAAGCCCGCGCCCCUGUCCGAUGCGCUGAUUGAUUUUGUCGAUCGGGAGAUCGAAGGGGCGGAAACGGGAGUAGUAGUCGGGGGCAGUAGAUCUCCAGGCGCGGGGACGGGAGGAGGUGGUCCUUCUGUGGGCGCUGGCGGGAUCACGCCGACCGGGAUUGCUGGUAGUUCUGCAGCGAGCAGUGGAAACAGCAAUUCGGCGGGGUCUAGUCCGAGCUUUCCCGCCGUGCCGGGAUAGAAGCAGCUGUCACAGUAUUGAUGAAGCCAAAGGUGGUCGUGAAAACCACACUUCGAAACGACAUAGCGACUUUUUUUCUCAUGAAAAUAGAAUAGUACUACCUCCUACGACGCGACGCGAGUGUAAGUUUGUAAAUUUCUCUACCACAUGCACUCCUGGUCGAAUGAAGACCAGGCGCUGGCUGUCGUAACGUGCGCGUAGACGAGAAGCGAGAGGAAGGGCUCCUGUUAGUUUGAAAGCUCACCUCAUGAAGAUGAUCUUCUCACGACCCAGU